GCCAUCCAAUAGUGCUGAUACUACAGACCUUCGGCAGUCCACAGAUCUCAUGGCGUCAGCGAACGGGUUUCCCGCAAGCUUUUACAGUGAGCCUGGUGUUCUUGGUUUUUUGGCCAAUGGCAUAAGUGCAUCCUUAGUACUUCUGCAAAACUUCCAUGCAGCCAGAACAGGAAUUGCAGCAUUUGGAGUGGAGAACAUACUUGCAGGUGUUCAUCUGAUUUUGAUUGGUGGAGUGUGCCAAAUGAUUGCUGGCUUGUUAUCCUUCCGUAAAUAUGAUCAUCUAAGUGCCACUUCUUUCAUUGGCUAUGCAGCACUUUGGGGAAGUUAUGGUGCAACAAGAAUAUUUCUAGGAGCAGCUCAAUUCAAUAUAAAUAGUACUAUGACAAAUAGGACAGUGGUGGACCUGUAUUUAAAUCAUACUGCUGUCAAUCAGAUCUUCAUUACUACUCAGGGAAUCAGGGAGUCAGCCAUAGCUGGGCUGGUGCCCUAUAUCUUGCUUUCCUUACUGCUGGCCUUCUGCUCAGCCACAGUUAAUUACAUUAUGCCUUUUGUGUUUGGAUCCAUCACCCUCACACUUGUUUUUGAAGCUGUGGGACUAGUGUCUGGCUGGGGACUUGUGGUAUCAGGAGUGCUAGAACUUCUUAUCUUGCUUUUUGCUAUAUAUGGCUCAGCAGCACUGCUCAUCAAAGGAGUGGCUCAACGCUAUGUGCUCAAAGGUUUUGGUAAUCCUCUAUUUAAUGUGCUACUUCUUGGGACAACCAAUGCAAGCAGCUCCAAGAGUUUAGGGCAGGAGAAAAAGAAGAACACCAAAUAUGCUGAACCCAUGGCCUUGGGCUUUUUCUGUGAUACAGUAUCACCAUUCAUAUUUGCCUUCUAUGCCUUUGGGUAUUUCCCAUCGAUCACAGUAUCUGCAGUCUGGAUAUCAAUCAACUCUGCUGCUCAGCUUCUCUCCAGUUAUUAUUCAUAUUUGCGGCAGGAUUGCUACCAUGCCACCAAGUUUGGCCUGCACUGCACCUUCUGGCUUGUAAAGACCUGGGAAGAGCAUGUGAUAUCUGUGUUAACAGGAAGGAGUGAAGCAGCAACAGCAAGGCAAGCUAUGGUGGGUAACUGGUUUUUCCUAGCAGCCGCUUUACUACUUUGUGUUGCUAGUCUGAACAUGGAUAUGCUGGAAAUUAUCCACAAUGCCAUGUUCUUUCUGCUGACUAUAUCAACAAUCCCCCAGAUUCCUCUUGAUAGGUACUAUAUCUUUUAUGGGGUGGCUUGCUCCAUCUUUACGGCUGUCUCAUUAUAUGGCACCUUUGCACGUCUCAUUAACACCAUUGCUGAAAAGUCACUAAUUCCAGUUGGAUUCCAGCUUGUCUCAACUGACAGGCUGGAGAGUGGCUUGAGAUGUCUAAGGACAUCGCAAAAUAUCCAGUGUCAAGAAACAGAUACCCAACUGCCUGAUGCUCUGUUUUACCUUACUAAUGGUGUGGCAGCGCUCUCAGCCAUUCAGGUCAGCCACCCUGGGCAGAGUUUUCUGGACUUAACUGUACCCUGGGUGCUUAUCCCAGGGGCCAUCAUCCAGGGUUAUGUAAGCCGAUUACAGGUUCAAGGAGGACAGAGGUUUGGAUCAGUUAUUCCAUCCUUCUAUUUGGCCAUUUGGGCCACCUGGACAUGGUUCAGACUUGCAGGACAACAGCUGCAGUUUUCAACUGAAUCAUCAAAUGGAUUUACAGCAGGAGCAACAGCAUUUUUGGUUAUUAACGCUUUCCUCAUCCUAGUUGCUGCUUAUGGAAAUCUUGUUUUGCUGGCAUUAACCAUUAUUAUGGAGGUCAUAGUGGUGUGUCUUCUUCUUUCCACUAUUAAUAGACUUCCAUACCAGUUGGAAGUUGCCAUGCUUUCAAUAUUUGCCAUAAUUUGCUUGUAUGGAACUCUGGCAUCACUUGUUAAUUGCAUAUUCUCCAAAACCAUAAUACCAGUUGGACCUGCACUCAUAAAGAAUAAUGAUAAGAAGAAAAAAACUGCUGCUACAGCCCCAUGUCCAAUUCCAUCUUCUCGUGGGACCAGUGGACUGCUAGAGAUUGCGAAAUUGCUGGAAAACAAAGGUGUAUGUGGUAUACCAACAGAUACUGUCUAUGCUCUGGCCGCUUCUUGCAAGCAUCCAAGUGCAAUAGAGAAAAUCUACAAUAUUAAAGAACGUCCUGCGGAGAAGCCCAUCUGCAUCUGCAUUUCUAGUUUGGAGCAGCUUGUUCCAACAAAACCACCAUUUAGUCCAUUGCUCUGGGAGUUCAUGAGAAAUGUAUAUCCAGGAGGGAUCAGCUGUAUUGUCCCAAAAGGAGACUGGCUCCUUAAACUUGGUGUGGGGGCUGCAUACGAUCGUGUGGGGACCAAGGACAGCAUAAUGAUUCGUGUCCCUGACCACACAGUCACUGCCCACCUGUGUGACAUCACUGGGCCUUUGGCUAUCACAUCUGCAAAUCCAAGUGGUGAACCUGACAGCACACAUCAUGACAUGGUUAUUAAGCGCCUAGGACACAAGAUCCAAGGAGUACUGUGUGAUGGGCAGUCCAAUGAGCUGGUAGGCUCAACUGUGGUCAACUGCCUGAAAAUAGAUGAAGGUACCAUACAUUUUCUGCGAGAAGGUUGUGUUCCUGCAACAAAGGUGCAGCAAAUUUUUGAGAAGGUGAAGAACAGUAUGUUAUAAGGAAUAAAGCUACAGCGUC